UCCGGUGACGUAUGCUAUGUUAAGUCUCAGUAAAAACCAAAACAGCCAGCGUUAAUAGUGGAAAGCGGUGCAAUAAAUUAGCAGAUAUGAGAAAAAGGAAUUCUUGUUAUUUGGCGUGCUCGACUUGGUGUACACAGUACUUGUAUAUUAAUUUGUCAAGAGUUACUGUAUUUCUGUAUUAUUUGUAUGAAGAGCAAAUCCGUUCCAGUUACAUACCUUUUCUUUGCUCGUUAAAAAUCUAUUUGGUCAACAGUUGAGUCCCUGAAACCGCGCACCCAAAAUAAUUGUGCACACCGGUUGUGAUGUUCUACAUUUCGAAGCGACACUAUUUUUUUGUUCAUUUUCGCCAAGAGUAAAUGCCGAAGUGACAUGGGCGAGAAUUAAUAAUGUGGGGUUGUGUUAACUUGGAUUAACCAUGCAGUAUUUUAUUCUGGCAUGCCUAAUACUUUUGGUCUUCGUGAUUACUGCAAGUUUACUUUACCAAUAUGGAAGUUGGCGGAAACAGCACAUUUGUGUAACUGCAACCGUAUUCCUGGCGUGGUACUUUUCAUUCCUUAUCAUCUUUAUCAUUCCGACUGACGUAUCCACCACUGUUUACGAGCAUUGCGUGAAAAAUGCAACUUACCUGAUGAAUACUACGGCAGAGGACUAUCACAUUGAUUCCGAAUCGAACGCGGAUGUCAGUAUCACAGGUUUUAAAAAUCAUUCGUUAAGUCAUAUUGGCAUGCUGAACUGGAAUAUAGCAAAAGACCCAAACGCCCCGCAGUACUUAUCGCAGUCCCAGGCAGAUUGUCUGCCACCGUGGUCAUACUUUAACGGCGACGACCUUCCGCACCUUUGGCUGGUGCUGUAUUGGUCUACGCAAGUGCUCACAUGGUUGGUACUGCCUUUAAUGCAAACGUACGCUCUGGCCGGAGAAUUCAGUUUCUACGGCAAAAUUACCACAUCCAUUAAAAGAAAUGUGAUAAGUUACGGAACGUAUACAGCAGUAUUUGCCAUUCUACUUAUCUACGUGGCGAUGAAGCCUGGCAAACAGUUGAAUUGGGAAAAGGUGUAUACGAUAAUGACCUCCGCCAGCAACUCUCUGGGCCUUUUUAUGUUAAUUCUGCUGCUGGGAUAUGGAUUGGUUGAGUUUCCUAGAAAUUUUUGGAAAGCAUCAGAUCUGGAAUACCAGCUGGCGUUUACUCAGUUUAAACUGGCAAAGGUCAGGGCUGAAAAAGCCGAUGCCGAAGAAGAAACGGAAACGGUUCUGGAGGAUAUACGGCAAGCCGUCGAAAAGGCUCCAGUGAGCACCCGCUUACGAAAAGAUUUGAAUGUCAUCGUUGCCAAAUGUCCUGAAGAAUUCCGUCUGCGUGUGCUUAACCCGAACAAAAUCGGUCCACCGCCAUCUAACCGUUUUGUGCGCAUUUCGACGACGACACCGGAUUUAGUCGUCAACAAUGCUCUUCUCGUUUCGCUGCAUACGCGUCUAAUAUCGGCACUGCACAAGCAGUUUAAAAUAACCAGUGUCUGGUAUGGCCUACUGGAAAACGGAUUCGAGUAUGAAGACUGCUUGCAUAAUUUGUGGAGUCCCGAUAAAACCUUCCGGGCAUCCUAUCCAAUAAUUCGUAGCAAAUGGAUGUCGAAACUCGUAACCCCCAGGAUAGAAUGGUUUUGGAAAUGUAAAGCGCGACAGUGGACCCUCAAAAUAUUUUCGGUUUGCCUUUCAUGUUGCUCUUUGGUGGUUGUGUGGUCGGAGUGCACCUUUUUUGUUCAGGAGCCGGUACUGUCCACUUUUGCCAUUUUAGUUAAAGUGGCAGCAAGCCAUAAAACUUAUGUGAAUGUAGAGUUGGUCUCGUUUUGUAUUAUCGCCUACAUGUCGGUAUGUGCAUAUUACACGGUUUUCCAUAUUCGGAUCUUCGAUUACUACAAUCUGUCACUUCGUCAUCAAACCGAUGAGAAUUCUCUGAUUUUCUGUGGAAUUUUGCUGUGCCGCCUAACGCCGCCUCUAUGCUUGAAUUUUCUUGGCUUGAUUCAUAUGGACAGCCACAUCAUUCCGACAAGAACAGCCGAAACCGCCUUUACCAGAAUUAUGGGCCACAUGACGCUCCUGCCCAUCAUUAGCCGUGGAUUGAAUAUUUACUUCCCUAUUUUUGUGGUCUUAUUGUGUGGGUGCACGUUUCUCCGCUUGGAACGGAAGCUGUUGAACUUUUUUGGAUAUCAGCAGUACACAUCCGUUGGAAAAAUGACAACGUACUUUAUUCUGGAAGGCAGGAAAAUUAUGGAAGCCGUGAGGAGCGACAGGCGAGUAACUCAGAAACUGGAAGAAACUCGCGCAGUACGCGAUGAACUGUUGCAGCUUGUGAAUAACACCUCAAAUUUUGGACAUAUCAGCAACGAAGAGUCCGAAACGGAAAUGGACAAGAUAUUUCUGGAACGAGACAAACCAUUAGUUGUCGCAUAAUUGCUUUUUCGGUAAAAUAUUAAAGAAAGCUUUCUGCCAGAAAUAAAGUGCGUUUACUUCAAAGUUCAUUAGUGUUACACGUGUAUGUUACAUUUUCCUGGUCCUAAAUUCUUAGCUGAGGUGAAAUCCUCAUAAAAUGGUUACGCAGUGCGAAACAAAUUCUUCGCUUUGAUUGUCUGUCCCAAGGGUUUCAGAAAAGUU